AUGGAACUUGUCUCCCAAUUCACAGAAGACACUGUUGCCCAAGAAGACCGUAACUGCGAUAGACCGGCUUGCCGUAAAUGCAUACUCAAGAAUGACUCAUGCCAUUACGUUGCUAACAUGAUUCCUGGCCAGCCGGGUCGGUUCGUGUGUGAAGCAUGUUUCGUGGGAUACCAGUGGAAGAUUUCAUCGUCUGUCCGACCUUCAGCUCGAUGUGCACCACUCAUUCUGAGUCAGUCCCACAGUAGUACAAGUCGUUUGCUUCCCGAUCCUCAGAUCAUACAGCAAAGUGUGAAUGCUACCCAGAGGAAGUCUACAAUUAACCCACCCCCUGUGGUUCCCUUCUCUCAACCCUCAGGCAGCGGCAUGAGUUGCACACCAGGACCAGAUAUUCUGGUGCCAUCAUCCUGGCAACAAUCACAGAACUUAGGCCAGCACAAGGUCACCAAUGCUGCAGGAUAUUCUGUCUACCAUGUACAAUAUAAUUUGGAGCGUGAGCGGUACUUAAAACUUUCGUAUGCUCCAGCGGAAACUAUCACUUUGGAGAUUUCGGCUGUUUAUGAGGGCAACUCACGGAAGAAAUAUGGGCGUGGCAUAAACAUUGGAACCAUUUGUGAAGGCAAGAAGGACAUCGACGUGCGGAUUGAUGCACCCGGGCUCAUCAAUCUUGCAUUCGACACUGUCAUUCCCAAACUCCUCGUUUUUGGAAAUGGAUUUCCGUGGCGCAUCAAUGAGUUCACCGUCCGGGAUGCUGGUUGGGUCAAUCUCUCUACACACCCGUCUCAUGUCCCUUAUUUUUUUCUCCCAAUGCUUAGUGCCCUCUCGGCGUGGGCAAAAGUGACUGUACCAGCAGCGCAGUGGGUUGAGUAUGAGGAGUGGCUAGACAAAAUUGAAGAGCAACGUCAUCAUCAGCCCAUUGCUCAAGACUCGCCUACUGCUACUUCCACAGCUUUGGAGUUCGGGAGGGACACUGACAAUGCGGGCAAUGGUGAUGAAUUUUGGGGUGCGGAUGACUGGAACAGCGUCAAGGACUCUGAUAUGGAAGGUACCAGUGAUGUGGAGCUUGAAGGUUCCAACAACUUGGACUCAGCACAGGAUCACCACACACCCUCUCUCUCGGCAAACGACUCAGACUCAGAACAGGAUCGCCGCACACCCUCUCUCCCAGAAAACGACUCAGACUCAGUACAGGAUCGCUGCGCACCCUCUCUCUCAGCAAAACGGACACAUGUUCGAGCAGAGAGUGAUUCUCGCUCGAGCACUGUGUCACCUCCUCACAAGAAGGUCACAUUGUCAAUGGGCAAAGGCGCAGAUGUACUUCGCCUGCCUAACUGUGACUAUCUAAGAGAGGCUUUGAAGUGUGGAGGCAGCACAAAUCCAGGUGUAUCUAGUAAAGUCUUUGACAGGCACCAUGAAGAUGUUCAAUAUUAUCCGAUUCCCACUCGCUCACUUCCUGAGAUCCUGAAGACACUGCAAUACUGUUCCUUUGAACUCGACAUUUCAGACUCAUCUAUUGGCCAACUCACAAUUGAUGUUCCCCUUCACAGUAUGAUAGGGAUUGGCGCCUUCAAAACAGCUCAUCCUGGGUGGCUCACUCUCUCACCUGUUGUUUCUAGUGGCCUUGGAUCACGCACUCAGCAUCCUGUGGUUGUUAAGCGGCCAUUUUUCAGGGUUCCGAUUCAGGCUGUCGCCACCACUGCCACUGCAUCAAUCAAGAUCACGCGUUACUCAUCAGCGGACGAGCUAAAAAAUGUCCUGAAAGAAAGUAAUGUAAUGUACUGGGCAAAAUCACUCCUCGACUAUACUUACGAUUAUAUCGACCACCAUAUUAGCACCUCAUCGACACCUCCACCCUUUGAAAUACCUCGUGUGCGUUUCAUUGAUGCUGGUGUGGCUUUAGGGUAUGGCCAGCGCACAGCAACCGCUAGUGCUGGCUCCAGACCAGGAGCAAAGCAGGCAGACACAACGGGAGGAACAGUUUCGGCCAUUUACCUUCUCGAAGAGCGCAUUAGUUUGGUGAUAACGAGGAGUUUACCAAACGAAUAUGGUUAUGAUCUUGCCGUUUUCCUCGCGUUCAUGCAGCAUAUUCAGUACGUCCAGACUGAAGGCUUAGCGUUUAUUUCUGAUUAUCAAGGAAGUUUGACAUUGCUAACAGACCCUCAAAUUUUGACUCACCCGUGCGUUGUCCUGCAUGAUUUGGGAAUCAUGCAUGGACAUGACUACUAGGUAUCCCCCUAAAAGACAAAGUCUGUUAGCUUAGUCCUCAGACUAGUCAACCCAUACCUUGGUAUCAAACCUUGGUCCAAUAGUUUCAGUUUUCCCUCAGUGAUUCAUGAAUCCACCAUGUUUUGAAGAAAAGUCAUAUGUGAGAUGGGAAUCACAUAAUGACCUAGUUGAUAUGAGAAGCAAAAUGAAGGUUAAGGUAUUGCCUUUCCUUUGGCUUAUUCACUUUGGC